AUGUCUCAGGGCCUACUCGGAUCUGUGCACAGCGGCAAAGCUGCCCUCGUUCACCGGUAUCUUACUGGAACGUACCUCAAAGACGAAUCACCAGAAGGUGGAAGAUUCAAAAAGGAAGUCGUCAUAGAUGGCCAGAGUUAUUUGUUACUUAUACGAGAUGAAGGCGGCCCGCCCGAUGAGCAGUUCGGCCGUUGGAUCGAUGGACUUGUGCUCGUCUUCAGCAUAGAAAGUGAAGAGAGUUUUCAACUAGUCUGUGAGUACUUCGAACGUUUGGACUCCUUCAAAGAUACGAGCGACUUGCCUAUAAUAUUAGUUGGAACACAAGAUCUUACUUCCGAAAAGAACCCGCGUGUUAUUGAUGACGCCCAAGCCAGACACCUUGCGCUGGACUUACACAAGUGUCCAUACUACGAAACAUGUGCUACAUACGGACUAAAUGUAGAACGAGUCUUUCAGGAUGGUGAGUCGCCGCUUCUACUUUGUCGUCAUUAA